UUAACAAUUGUGUUUACUUUUAUUAUUAUACGAGUAGUCCUAGUUUUUAAAAUAGAAUUCAAAAGAUCUGGAAGUGAUUAGGUGCUCCUGCAAUUGGGAAUACAUCUGUAUAUGACUUAGCAGGACUAUUCGGUGCUCGAAUUAUUUAAGAAGAAGGAAUUAAAAAAGCUAACUGGAGGAAUGAAUUAUAUUUGUAGUUUUGAAGUACAUGGAAAAGUACAAGGUAAUAAGAAAUAUAUCUAAUGGUACCUUAAUGUUAACAUAUGCAGGAGUCUUUUUCCGAAAGUAUACAUGUAAAACUGCAAAAGCUUUAAAAUUACGAGGAUGGUGCAUGAAUACUGAAAAUCAAACUGUUAAAGGACAGUUGGAGGGACCCGAACAAGAAAUUAGAAAAAUGCAAGAGUGGUUAUCUAGUGUUGGAAGUCCAAAGAGCGUAAUUCAUAAAGCUGAAUUCUCUGAGUUAACAAUGGUUAAUAAAAAUUUAUUUUUACGAACUCCACUUAUGCUUACUUUUCUUGCAAAAAUUAUUCAUUCGCAAGAAUUUUCAACUGGUGGAGCUGCGAUGGCCAAUUACAUCUGUGAUUUUGAAGUUUUUGGGGUAGUUCAAGGAGUGUUUUUUAGAAAGUAUACUCAAGAAGCAGCCAAAACAUUUAAUUUAAGGGGAUGGUGCAUGAACACAUCAGCUGGUACGGUUAAAGGGCAAAUGGAAGGCGAAGCAAGCAAAAUUAAAGAAAUGCAACAUUGGUUAAAAACAACAGGAAGUCCACAAAGUCGUAUUGACAAAGCAGUUUUUUCAGAGAUUAAAGAAAUAAAUGAAACUAAAUUUACAGAAUUUAAAAUUGUACAUUGAUUCUUUGUCAAAGAGAUUUACGGUUUUAUUUUUUAAUAGAUAGUUCAAUUUGAUUAAGGCAUGUAGGUAUACAUAUGUCUGC